CCGAUCGAUGCCCAUCUGUUCGCAUCGCGCGACCUCGACUCCUCGAGCAGGGCCGCCCGCUAGGAUUCCUGCGCCGCCGCCCGCCCCAGUUCGCCGUCCCGGACCACCCAGCCGCCGGUGCGGCCCUCGCCGCCGCCGGCCAGGUACUCGCCGCCGCCGGUCCCCACUCCCGCCGCAGUCCAGCUUCCUCUGCGGGCCCUUUGCCCCUUUGCCCUCUGCCGCCACCGGGACACCCGGAAGCCGCCGUCGGGCCCCUCUGCACCGGCUACCGACGGCGCCUCCGUCCCAAAGCUGCAGCCGAACAUCAACAUCUCCUCCACUCCUCCACGGCCAGGAAGGCUGAAAAGCAAUGCGGGCCGGCACGUGUGUGCCUUUUACAGGCAGGCCCUUUUACAGACGGGCACAUGCCGGCCAUUUACAGCCGGGCUGGCCCAUGUGACCAGCCAUGAAGAAGAACAAACAGGGGAACUGACAUAUCAGGCCAAUUCUGCACCGAUGGAGACGGUGCAUACAAAGGAGGCUAUGGGAACCACUUGUCCUGAGGAUAACGGCCAAGGUAAAGAUGGAUCAACCACGGAUGAACAGUACGAUCCACGGAUACCUCCUUCACCUCCAAGCGAUCUCAAAUCACUCAAGGAGUGGCCGAACAAAACAAGUGCCAUACCUGCUAAUUCCAGAGCAACAUCCACAAUCAUCCCAGACGGUACUCCCCAGUGGGUACCUGACAUAUUCUUCGAUAUAUUACCCCACUUGCGGCCAAUCCUGAAAAGGGAUAGUGUCAGGUCUUUCCUCCGCUUCUUAAAUCAGAAUGGAAGGGACAUGACACUGGGUUACAUCAUCAAACCAGAAGCUUUAAACGAGCUAGUCAUCGCUAAUGCACUGCGAUGUGCCAAAGUUGUCUUGGUGGGCAAGAAUGCUGAGCUGCAUGGGUUCCGGGCCGAUCCCAACUGCAUGACUCAAUUUGGGUUCUUCCCCCUGCACCUAGCUGCUGAAAUGUUCUCUGUCGAUAUGAUUGAGUUGCUCUUGCACCAUGGCACGUCGGCCAAUUUGCACACAUCCGGUGCUUUAGUCAUUGACAACCUACUCCCGGUCCAUGUUGCGGUUGAGAACACUUGCCUGCAUAAGUACCUGGAGGACAGUCUACAUCCUAAUCGAGAGAAUAUGGGUUACAGUCAUGCAGAUAUCAACUAUAUCCUGAAGCUCAUUCAUAUCCUCUGCCUACCGGAAAUGAAGCUCUUCUUGGAUACGAUUAGGCUGCUAGCCAAACAUACAGAUAAUUUGUCAGAUGAGGUCUGCAAUUACAUAAUUGAUGGGAAGCUUAUCCAAACAGCCGUUUUGCUCCUAGCAGCUCAAGAGCAGAUCCGUGGUGUAUCUUCCCCCAAGAAAGACCUCAAUAGUAAGCCAGAUGAGUUUGCUAUUAUCACUAACUGUGUUGUGGGCAAAAUUACCUCCAUACAAUUGGAGAUGUGUCAAAAAGGAAAGGAACUGGAGCCACUAGAGGCGAAAAAGAAGCUUUUCGAUAUGACACUGACGCUUGUUCAUGUAAUUUCCCAAGCUGGUGAAGCUCUUGAUUCUUACAUUCGGGAUCAUCCCAAGCUGGCCGCGUCAUUCUAUCAGGACCGGGCUCUAACAUGGAAGGUGCCCUGUAUCAUUCCAAUUUCCCAUGUGGAGGUCCUUGAACACGUCUCGUUGAUAUUAAAGGAUUAUGGUCUUUGUUCUGGAGAGGGCAUAGAUAUUGGAAAUCUCUGCCCCUAUGAGAACGUGGUUUCUUCUGAAGAGCUGCCUCGCAAACUUGCAGGACCGAUGGCCAGGAUGAAAGCAGGCACAGAUGAGCCUUGUUUGGAAAAUGUAAAGGCUAAAGGGAAGAAAGGUCCUCGGGGAUGGGAGCUCAAAUUGGCAAGGAGAAGCUUCUUCCCAUACUGGAGAUCAGUGUUAACGUCCCAGUUUCAUGUGAAGGAGGACAUCAAUAGCUUGAAUAAAUCAACUAGACACGUAUCAACUAAAUCAACUAGAUGUCGUUAUCUUAUUUGCAGUGGCGGAGCAUAGUGGGGACCAAACUGGGUCAUGGCUUGUCCUUGUCUUUAAAUUUCUUCUCAGGAGUUGGUACGGAUUUGGCCCAAGAACCAUGGAUGGUCUGCUAGAAAAAAGAAUAGAGGUAUUACAAGCAUAAUAUCCAUUAUUGGAUUGAAAAUAGCAUAAGCUUCGGCCAAUUUGGCAAAGAAA